AUGGUUCGCCUCGCCAAUCCUCUGGCCGUCCUGGGCCUAAGCUCUACUCUGGCUCUUGCAGGGGUAAUUCCACGAUAUGGCUAUGACUACGGCACCAUUGUCACAACCACUGCCACUAUCACCGUGAUCGAGUUUCCUGGCCACUGUGCUUCAAUCUCGACAUUUUCCUCGCACGCUACCUUGACGUUGGGAAUUCAUCUUCCCUCCUCCAGGGCAUCUGAGACGGAAUCCGAAGGAGCAGGAUCAAGUUACACGCCUCCUGUCCUAUCGACCAAGUCGAGCGGGCCCAUUCAGCCAUCCAGUUCCUCAGAGGCUAUUACGACUCUCACGACCACAAGCGAAAUCACCGAGGUCGUAACUGUGCCGACGUUGUCGAGCAAAGCCAGCAGCGGUCUGCCCCCGUCUGGUCACUGGUAUUCUGGAUCUACCGUGUCGACCUGGUCCCCUGGUAUUGAGAGUUCUUCGCCAGAGGAACCCACAGGCCCGGAUGGUCUCCCGUACGAGCCUUCGACCACAGUUCCCCACUCCACCGUACCUGAAAUUACGAGCGCCGGCCCUAUUCAACCUUCGUCCACUGAAUCCCAUGUUGUUGGCUCUGAGACCCCAACAUACGCCUCUUUCUCGUCGAAGUCUCAUGCUGGUCCUGGUUUGUCGACAGGCUUGACCCGCAGCCAUCACUCGACGAGACUCGUCUCCUCCAAAAACACCCACACUUAUGCCCCGACCUCCCCAACUGGGGCAACCAGUGACAGCCCACACCAGCCAUCGUCGACAGGAGGAAUUCUCUCAUCCAAGUCAACCAGCCGCGUGGCGAGCAAUCCUCAUUAUGCUUCGACAUCAGUUUCAGAUAGCUGUGGCGAGGAGGGAACUUCCACCCAGUGGACUUCAGUUGUUGGGUCCACUCGCCCGACAGAGCAUACGUCUAUUCGGGGCCGCUCGACUUUGAGGACCGUGACUGGUGCCUCUCCUGUGCCGACGAGCAAAUCAAGUGCUGGGCCCGAAGAAUCCACGUCUUAUGGGCACACAAAUACCGAGACUUGCGUCUCUACUGGAGUGGAGUCGGCUGGACCUACCGCCCCUGAGAGCUUAGGUUACGUGACGCUCCCAUCCACUUGGGGAAGCACUCUUGUUCCGACGGGCGGCGAGUCUACACUCACCCCCGUUCCGACUUCAGAAACUGGAGUGUCUUCAGGCCCAACGCCGUCGGCUGGGACGAGCAGGAAAUUCACCAGAUCCAGGAGAUGGAGUACGGAAAGACACCCGACGAUUCCCCCUCCACACUUCACCCAGAGGCCGUCUAAGACAACGAUCCAGGGUCCUCUGCCGACUAGGGAAUAUGGUACAGAUAUCAGGCAUCCCGUACCCUCGACGGAAGAUUCACACCCCAUCACACAAUCCUCGGUGGCAUCGUCUUAUCACCCAACCUACCGACCCUCUUCUCAUAGCCCUAACCCUUCAUCGCCGAAAGUCGACGAGCCAGCAUCUACAAUCGACUCGAGUUCUCCGGAGGAACCGACCAUACCGCCGUCAUAUACCCAAACGAAUGUGGCCUCUGCCUCUGCCCCAACUGUCCCUGCUGAGCCCGCCGAGUCUUACCCGGCAGUCUCUGAGACAUCGACGGAGGACUUGGGACCAAUCGAGGGAACCAAGACUGCGCAGCCGACGACUUUCGCGACUACUACCACCAGGGGCUACAACCCUGGCUAUGGCUAUGAAUACCGAGGAAACUGGGACGGAAAUAAGGGUCGUAAGGGUCACUGGUAA